GCAGGAAAAUAAGGCUGGGGAAGUAGGGAGAGAUUCGAGAAGCUGGAUGAGUUGUUCGCUGUAUUAUUGUGAGGAGCCAAGUUCCUUAAGCAUCUCCUGGUGGAUAUUAAGAGGGAGCUGUGGAGGCUGGAGCGUUCCCCUGGACACUCGCACGCUGUAGCUUUAAGACUGUUUUACAGAGGACUCGGGAUUUCCAGUUUUUCCUGCGCCUGGUGGAGUAUUUCAGGGAGUUUUUGGAUUUUUUUGGGUCAUGUACCCCCUUUUCCUUUCUCCUUCCUCCUUUCUCUUUCUCUCUCACUCUUCUUUUUCAUUUCAAAGAGACAAAGCUACUUCAGUUUGGAGCACAAACAUAUGAUCAGCACAUGGAAAUGUGGUAAUUUGGAUGCAUUCAUGAUUGCAACAGAUUGAAGAAAUUAGACCAGACAAAGAGCUUUUUUUGGAAGAAGAGGAGGAGGAGGCAAGGCAAGGAGGGAGGGAGAGUGGGGGAAAGAAGGGGACGCCACCGAAAAAAGGGACGGCCGUGACACGCGGAUGCUAAAUAUAUCCCGUAGUAAUGGAGAGGGACCGGAUUUCAGCUCUGAAAAGAUCCUUUGAGGUCGAGGAGGUAGACCAGUCUUCAAAUUCCUCCACCCCACAAAGACGGGCCCCAAACACCCUCCUCAGGUCCACCGUGUCCAGCUCCACGCAGAAGUUUCAGGAACUCGGCGCCAGGAAUUCGGAGCCGUCCGCCCGACAUGCGGAGCCCACAGUCCAAAGAUCCCCCAAGCCCCCUCUGAGGAGAGUGGAGCUCCCUGGACCCAAACUGCCCGAGCCGGUGUCCAGAAGAACAGAAAUCUCCAUUGACAUCUCAUCCAAGCAGGUGGAGAACUCCACCUCGGGCUUGACGCGGUUCGGCCUCAAACGAGCAGAUGUGGGGCACAAACCCCCCGAGGCGGUGGCCAGGAGGACUGAGAUCACCCUGGGCAAACCCCAGGAGCUGCGCAGGGCCGAGGCGCCGGCCUCCAAGAUCCCCGAGCUGCCGCAGCGCCGCGCCGAGCCCGCCAAUGCCGCCAACGCCGCCGCGCCCGACGCGGCCCCGCGCCGCCUGGACAUCCAGGUGGCCAAAGCCGCCGAGGCGCCGGCCACGAGGCCGGCAGAGAGCUCAGAGCCUGCCCUGCCCGCCCAGCCCCACCAGGCAGAGCCAAAACCGCAGCCCGUGCCCGUGGAGAGCCCGCCCAAGAGAGAAGAGGGUCCCGAGGCCGUGCCCAGCCACGCUCCCGGCAUGACGGACGCUCCGCGGGAUGCCGGCCCCAAGCAGGCGGCGCCGGUGCGGCCGGACAAGCCGGCUGCCGACUUCGGCUACGUGGGCAUCGACGCCAUCCUGGAGCAGCUGAGGAGGAAAGCCAUGAAGCAGGGCUUCGAGUUCAACAUCAUGGUUGUGGGUCAGAGCGGCUUGGGGAAAUCCACGUUAAUCAACACCCUCUUCAAAUCCAAGAUCAGCCGGAAAUCUGUGCAGCCAGCUGCCGAGGAGAGGAUCCCCAAGACCAUUGAAAUCAAAUCCAUCACUCACGAGAUUGAGGAGAAGGGGGUGCGCAUGAAGCUGACAGUCAUCGACACGCCGGGCUUUGGGGACCACAUCAACAACGAGAACUGCUGGCAGCCCAUCAUGAAGUUCAUCAACGACCAGUACGAGAAGUACCUGCAGGAGGAGAUCAACAUCAACCGGAAGAAGCAGAUCCCCGACACGCGGGUGCACUGCUGUAUUUAUUUCAUCCCAGCCACGGGCCACUCGCUCCGGCCGUUGGACAUCGAGUUCAUGAAGCGCCUGAGCAAAGUGGUCAACAUCGUGCCGGUGAUCGCCAAGGCCGACACGCUAACGCUGGAGGAGAGGGACUACUUCAAACAACGGAUAAUGGCUGAUCUGCUGGCCAACGGCAUCGACGUGUACCCCCAGAAGGAGUUCGAUGAGGACUCCGAAGAUCGGCUGGUGAACGAGAAAUUCCGGGAAAUGAUCCCAUUCGCAGUGGUGGGCAGUGACCAGGAGUACCAGGUGAAUGGAAGAAGAAUCCUUGGGAGGAAGACCAAGUGGGGCACCAUUGAAGUGGAGAACACGACACACUGCGAGUUCGCCUACCUGCGGGACCUCCUCAUCAGGACACACAUGCAGAACAUCAAGGAUAUUACCAGCAACAUCCACUUCGAAGCCUACAGGGUGAAGAGGCUGAACGAGGGCCAGAGCUCUCUGUCCAACGGCGUGGCCGACAGGGAGCUGGUGGCCAACGAAAUGUAACCGUCCCUCCGCCAGGACCUUGCUCGCUCACGCUCGCUGUUUCUCCCCUCUUCCCCCUUUAUUUUUAUAUAAACCCUCUGCCACUGUCCCUCUUGCCCUGGUCCCCAAGCCCCUGCCAUGUAAACUGACCAAAUAACCCCACGUGGGCCGGGGUGGCCGCUGUCCCCCCGCUUUGUGCCGUGAGUUCUGCGCUCAGCCCCCGGAGCAGCGUCCCCGGGCCGGGGACCGUCCCUCUGUGGAGGCCGGGCUCUCGCUUGGCCCCAGCUCUGGCCCCGCAGCCCAAGCCAGGGGUGCAGAUCUGUGGGGCCAGCGGGGUUGGGGCGCCCCGGGAGCCCUUCCAGCCCCUCCGUGCGGGGGCUCCUCUCCGUCCGUUGAAGGCGAGGGUUCCCGCAGGUGAUCGUGGCCUCGGGAAGCGAGGUACGGCGGGAUGAAGAGGGCGAGGCGGUGCCAUCCUCGUCCUCCUGCCGCCUCCUCCCAGCCCUGUGCAGCCCUCUGGGACCCGCCAGCCCCCAGCCCUGCCCCUGCACCCUGUGUACAUGCAAUAAACUGGGAGUGUUUAGGUGUCACCUCGCCUGUCACCGACCCCCGGCCGGGCAGAGCGACCUGCUUUGGGAGAAGUGCCUUUUCAGACCGUGACCUCGCAAUAGCGUGGGAGAGGGGAAGGGAGGCUCUGCCUCGCCUGUCUUUGCAGCCUGUAAAAGGCUGUGAACCUCCGUGGGGACUCUGGUUCCCUCUCCACAGGGCCGGAGCUGUGGCUGAUGUCCUGGGAACACUUGUGUACUUAUUUGUCAUUCAGCGGGGUGGGUCUUUGUCCGCCGAGCUCGGGGCGUGUUUGUCCUGAGCGGGGAGCUCGGUCUCUGCAAAGCCGUGCUGGGAGGCAGAGGUUUGUCCUGUCUGACCCUCGUGGUUCUUGGGCUUUUCCCUACAUCGGCGGAGUGUCUGUUAAUUCCUGUUCGUUUCCUGGGUCCCCCUGUGUGAUGUGUGUCCAGGGAAGACGCUCCCGUUCCGCUGGUCCUUGUGCUGACAGAGCCCCGCGGCUGUGGGGGGGCUGGGGGCUGUUUGUGGGUGCUGCUCCCCCUGCUCUGCCCCCACGCCCUCCUCCUGGUGUGUGUCUCCAGUAAACCAGCCCCUGCCAGCCUUAGGUAGCACUGUGACACAGGGGCAGAGCUCUGCAGUCCUGCCCCUCUCCCCAGCUCCCUUUGCCUUUCUGGUGUCCUCCAACCUCCCAAUCCUCUCGAAGGGACAGAAAAAAAAAACCCCAAACUUCCCGCAAAUCGCCCGUUUUUGGGGGCACACACUGAAGUGGCAGCGUGUCCCAUCCUCCAGCACUGGGAGGCAGAGCCCACGGGGGGACAGAGCCUGGCUCAGCACGGGUGACCAGGAGGAGGGAGGAGGUUGCUCUGCCCUUGCUGGGGGUGCGCAGGGUUUCAGGGGUUCCCCACACAUCCCCCCCCGGCAGCCAAAGGGGUGCACGGUGAGAAUUCCCUUCUCCGCUCCUAUUCCCCCUCCACUACAGCCCCACGGAGCUGUUGGGGAACAGCAGCUCUCUACUUGCUGACUUUGCUACAUUUUAGCAAAAGCAACAACAACAACAAAAAUGUAUUAACUGAAAAAUAAAUAUAUAUAUUUCAAGUGUUAAAAAAAAAUGACUAAAAGGGGAGGAAAAAAGAAAAAUCUCUUGUGUGAGGCACUUCUGCAAAUGCCAUCUUAAACUUUUUUUUUUCCUCUGGUUGGUAUCUCAAGCUGGGCCAAGCAAGACACGCUGCUUUCUCCUUUGUAACCUGACUUUUUUUUUUUUUUUUUUUUUUUUUUUUUUUUUUUUUUUUUUUUUUUAAGGGGGAAAAAAA